AUGUGGUAUGACUACUUUUUCCCUGUUCGCGCAGAUGAUCAAUUCAGAUUGCGACCAGAUAGGAUUACCUUCAUCGGAAUUUUGAUGGCUUGUAGCCAUGUAGGCAUGAUUGACACUGCUAUCAUCGGCUUCAAUUGCAUGAAGACAGUUUAUGGAGUUGAGCCAAAUGCAGAACAUGUUGGAUGCUUGGUGGAUGCUCUUUCUCGUGGGGGGUAUCUCGAUAAGGCGAGAUCAGUGCUUGAGAGCAUGCUUUUCGAAACAAAUGCUUCUGCUUGGCGUGCACUUUUAGGUGGAUGCUUUGCUCAUGGUGAUUACGAGUUGGGCGUAGUGGUGGCGAGGCAUCUCAUUGAGCUUGAGCCACCGGAGGAAAGUGGAUAUGUAGCUCUACAAAAGUUGUAUGCGAUUACUGGUAGAACAGAGGAUGCAUUGAAAGUGAGGAAACUGAUGUGUGAUUUGGACAUCAAACAAUCCUCAGGAGCAAGCAUGAUUGAAGUGGAAGGAGCAGCGUGUGAGUUCUUGGCAGGAACACUAUGUGUUGGAGUGUAUACUUAA